CGUAGCGGAAGUGCGGCUGAACCGGUUUCCGGGGACUGCUGGUGUGACGUGUCCCGCGCUUGGCGCAGCAGGAAGCGGCGGCGGACGCGGCCCGAGUUCCCGGCGCCGGUCUCGGCCCCAAGUCUUCUCCCGCUGCCGUCAUGCUUGACUUCUUCACCAUCUUCUCGAAGGGCGGGCUUGUGCUCUGGUGUUUCCAGGGCGUGAGCGACUCGUGCACCGGGCCCGUCAACGCGUUGAUUCGUUCCGUACUACUGCAGGAACGGGGAGGUAACAACUCUUUCACUCAUGAGGCUCUCACACUCAAGUAUAAACUGGACAACCAGUUUGAGCUGGUGUUUGUGGUUGGCUUUCAGAAGAUCCUCACACUGACUUAUGUAGACAAAUUGAUAGAUGAUGUGCACCGGCUGUUCCGGGAUAAGUACCGCACAGAAAUCCAACAACAGAGUGCCUUAAGUCUAUUGAAUGGCACUUUUGAUUUCCAAAAUGACUUCCUGCGGCUCCUUCGUGAAGCAGAGGAGAGCAGUAAGAUCCGUGCUCCCACUACCAUGAAGAAAUUUGAAGAUUCUGAAAAAGCUAAGAAACCUGUGAGGUCCAUGAUUGAAACACGGGGGGAAAAGACCAAGGAAAAAGCAAAAAACAACAAAAAAAAGGGGGCCAAAAAGGAAGGUUCUGAUGGCCCUUUGGCUACCAGCAAAACAGCCCCCACAGAAAAGCCAGGUCUCCCAGUGGGACCUGAGAAUGGAGAACUUUCCAAAGAGGAGCUGAUACGUAGGAAGAGAGAGGAGUUCAUUCAGAAGCAUGGGAAGGGCCUGGACAAAUCCAGUAAGUCUACAAAGUCAGAUAUUCCAAAGGAGAAGGGCAAAAAAGCACCCCGGGUGUGGGAACUAGGUGGCUGUGCUAACAAGGAAGUCUUGGAUUACAGUACUCCCACCACCAAUGGAACUCCAGAGGCAGCCCUUUCUGAAGAUAUCAACUUGAUUCGAGGAACUGGGCCUGGGGGCCAGCUUCAAGAUCUAGAUUGCAGCAGCUCAGAUGAUGAAGGGGCCACUCAAAAUACCAAACCUAGUGCUACCAAGGGAACACUGGGUGGCAUGUUUGGGAUGCUGAAGGGCCUGGUAGGUUCUAAGAGCUUGAGUCGAGAAGACAUGGAAUCUGUGCUAGACAAGAUGCGUGAUCAUCUCAUUGCUAAGAAUGUGGCUGCUGACAUUGCUGUCCAGCUCUGUGAAUCUGUUGCCAACAAGUUAGAAGGGAAAGUGAUGGGGACAUUUAGCACUGUGACUUCGACAGUCAAGCAAGCUCUACAGGAGUCUCUGGUACAGAUCCUGCAGCCACAGCGUCGUGUAGACAUGCUCCGGGAUAUCAUGGAUGCCCAACGUCGCCAGCGCCCUUAUGUUGUUACCUUCUGUGGUGUUAAUGGAGUGGGGAAGUCUACUAAUCUCGCCAAGAUUUCCUUUUGGCUUUUAGAGAACGGCUUUAGUGUCCUCAUUGCUGCUUGUGAUACAUUUCGGGCUGGGGCUGUUGAGCAGCUUCGUACACACACCCGGCGUCUGACUGCCCUCCAUCCCCCAGAGAAGCAUGGUGGUCGUACGAUGGUGCAGUUGUUUGAAAAAGGCUAUGGCAAGGACGCUGCUGGCAUUGCCAUGGAAGCCAUUGCCUUUGCACGUAACCAAGGCUUUGAUGUGGUGCUGGUGGACACUGCUGGCCGCAUGCAAGAUAAUGCC